GUUGCGGGGAUGAGCAGCGGCUAAUGGCUGACUGGGAGUUUUUUGGAUUAGCCAACUGCUUUUAUUAAUUAUAAACGACGUCUCCGUGUGUCUUAUGUAAAACUAUGUUUGUAUUACGCCGGUGGUAAGUCUUUUAUGUGUUCUUUUUUCAUUUUUCUACGGCGACAUGGUGAAUUUACGUGUGUCCUCCUCGCUACUCGCGUUAGCCAGGUUCUGAUGAGGGCAUUUUUGCCUGCGAACUGUUCCUGAAGCUCCACUUGGAAGACAGAGAAUACAAAGUGCUGAGCCGUGUGGGUUGGCAGCUGCUUUGAAACAUGUCCAAGAGCAAGAGCUCCGAGGCAGUCAAGGUGGUGGUCCGUUGUCGCCCCAUGAAUGAGAAAGAGCGGGCAGCCAAGUUUGAGAGGAUGGUCUCUGUCGAUGUUAAACUAGGCCAAAUACUUGUCAGGAACCCCAGGGAGGCUUCUGCCAAUGAUCACCCCAAAAUCUUCACUUUUGACUCAGUCUAUGACUCGAACUCUAAACAAAUAGAUCUGUAUGAUGAAACCUUCAGGCCUCUGGUGGAUUCAGUUCUUCUGGGGUUCAAUGGGACCAUUUUCGCCUACGGACAGACGGGUACGGGGAAAACCUACACUAUGGAGGGUGUUAGAAACGAUCCGGAGAGGAGAGGAGUGAUCCCCAACUCCUUUGAGCAUGUCUUCACUCACAUUUCACGCUCCCAGAAUCAGCAGUAUCUGGUCAGAGCGUCGUAUCUAGAAAUUUACCAAGAGGAGAUCAGGGACUUGCUCUCCAAGGACCAGGCGCAUCGUCUGGAGCUCAGGGAGAGGCCUGAUACGGGUGUGUACGUUAAAGACCUUUCGUCGUUCGUCACCAAGAGCGUGCGGGAGAUCGAACACGUCAUGAACGUGGGCAACCAGAACCGUUCUGUGGGCUCCACCAACAUGAACGAACACAGCUCUCGUUCUCACGCCAUUUUUGUCAUCACUGUUGAGUGCAGUGAGUUGGGUGUGGAUGGAGAGAACCACAUUAGGGUAGGCAAGCUGAACCUGGUCGAUUUAGCUGGUAGUGAAAGGCAGACCAAGACCGGUGCUCAGGGUGAGAGGCUUAAAGAAGCCACGAAGAUCAAUCUGUCGCUUUCUGCUUUGGGAAAUGUCAUCUCGGCUCUGGUGGACGGCAGAAGCAGCCACAUCCCCUACCGAGACUCCAAACUCACCCGUCUGCUGCAGGACUCUCUGGGAGGCAACGCCCGCACCGUCAUGGUCGCCAACAUCGGCCCGGCCUCCUACAACGUGGAGGAGACCCUAACCACACUGCGCUACUCCAACCGGGCCAAGAACAUCAAGAACAAACCACGCAUCAACGAGGACCCCAAAGACGCCCUUCUCAGGGAGUUCCAGGAGGAGAUCGCCAGGCUGAAGGAGCAGCUGGAAAAGCGCUCUGGGAAAAAGAAGAAGAGGAGGCAGAGGAGGAGGGGCGGUGAAGGGAGCGACGGCGAAGACCUGGAAGAAGGAGAAACGGAGGAUGACGAUGAGGAAGGGGAGGACAAAGAGAAUUACUGGCGGGAGCAGCAGGAGAAGCUGGAGAGGGAGAGGAGGGCCAUCAUGGAGGAUCACAGUUUGGUGGCCGAGGAGAAAGUUCGGCUGCUGAAGGAGAAGGAGAGGAAGAUGGAGGAUCUGAAGAGGGAGCGGGAGGCUGGAGAGAUGCUCACAGCUAAAGUUAAGGCAAUGGAGAGCAAGCUGCUGGUAGGGGGCAAGAACAUUGUGGAUCACACCAAUGAGCAACAGAAGAUGUUGGAGAUAAGGAGGCAGGAAAUCGCUGAGCAGAAACGGAGGGAGCGAGAGAUGCAGCAGCAGAUGGAGUGCCGGGACGAGGAGACUCUGGAGCUGAAGGAGACCUACAGUUCUCUCCAGCAGGAGGUCGACAUCAAGACCAAGAAACUGAAAAAGCUGUUUGCCAAGCUGCAGGCAGUGAAGGCAGAAAUCCACGACAUCCAGGAGGCACACAUCAACGAGCGCCAGGAGCUGGAACAGACCCAGAAUGAGCUCACCAGGGACCUCAAACUCAAGCAUCUGAUCAUUGAGAACUUCAUCCCCUCAGAGGAGAAGAACAAAAUAGUCAACAGAGCUUUCUUCGAUGAGGAGGAUGAAUACUGGAAGAUGAAGCCAAUCACACGUAUAGAGGAUGACCAUCAGAUGAUGACCAGGCCUCUGUCUGCAGUGGGCUACAGGAGACCUCUCAGUCAACACGCUCGCAUGGCCAUGAUGAUCAGACCUGACAUGAGAUACAAAGCUGAAAACAUCCUGAUGCUGGACAUGGACCUGCCGGCUCGGACCACCAAAGAGUAUCAGGAGCCCGUUAUCGCCCCAAAGGUGGCGGCAGCUCUGGAGGACGCUCUCAGGGACGAGGACGAGAUCCAGGUAGACGCCUCGGGCUUUCACAGCAGCUUGGGACCGACCCCGCCAGCAAGCGCCAGCAGCAGCCUCAAGAAACCAAAGUCUGGUCGACCAAGAACAGGCAAGAAGUCGAGCACCCCGACCUCUCCGUUCAGCCCCGCCAGUCCAGGAUCCCCUGUUUACCCACAAUCCCGCGGCCUGGUGCCUAAAUGACAGCUUCCACUGACCUCUCUGCUGCACACAUUUCCACUUUUGGGACUGAACCUUAGAGAGGACGGGGGGAGGGGGUUCAUUUGGUCCGAGCCGGCAGAAUCUCUUGGAUAGAGCAAACUUUAAAGACUUUAAUGCUGCUUCGUAGGUUUGAACUUUAUAACUGUAACCACACCACUAUUAAAUGUUAAAUAUGAGCUUUUUAAUCCCUGAGUGUGACUUAGUACAACACACAGGACAGCAGCCACGCAUGACCCGAAGCCUCACAUCACUCUGCACUGCUGUUACCUUCCUCCACAGCGAUGUCUUACAUGUUAUUUCACAAUGUUCUUAAUGUACAGAAGAAAAAAAAAUGAAGGUGGGGUCAGAUCACCUGUUGAUGGACUGCAGUAUCCCCCCAAUGCACUUCAUAUGUUCCCACAUCUGUGCUGAGUGUCGAUAGUCCUCCGUCUUACUGUAAGUGUGAAAACGGUGGGGACUCUACAGGCUGUGUGUGUGUGUGUGUGUGUGUGUGUGUGUGUGUGUGUGUGUGUGUGUGUGUGUGUGUGUGUGAGUGUGUUUCUGAAUAUUGAACGUAACGAUUUAUGUCGUGCUGCGCUGUUUUUCUUCCUGUGGUUGGGGAACUGAAAUUCCCUGAAUGUGUGUGUAUGUUUGUGUAUCUUAAAGGAAUAGUUCAACAUUUAGUGGAAAUAUGCUCAUUGGCCUUCUUGGCAAGAGCUGGAUGAGACAAUAAUACGCAUGUGUCUGUACAGUAGAUAUGAAGCUUAGGGAGACUCUCGACUAACUGCUGUGAGGGAAGUGUCACAUGACCGAUGGCAGUAGCCUAGCAAUACUACAGCUAGCGAGCUAAUCUGCUGCCAGUUAUGCUAUCUAAUGGAUCACACUUUUCCAAAAAUAUUUAAAUGAAUACACUUCAGUAGAAAUUGAUUCUUAAAAAAAGGCAUUUGUUUUCUAUUUAAUACACUGAGCUGUGCCCUUUCCAUUAUCAGAUAUUUCUUCAGACAUUCUGAAAACUUCUGCUGACACAUCAAAGAAUUUGUGGGGGGAAAUCCGUCAUAAUAAAAGUGUAAUACAGAACUUGGAAAGUAGGCUAAAUUCAUAUUGAAAGAAUCCAUAAAUGUGCCUUUUAACAUUUGAUUUACUGUAAACUUUAUUGGGUGUUUUUUCUCUUUGCACAUUUAUGUUAUGCUACUUCACUGUUUACCUUCUACAGUACAAGUAGACAAGCUAGAAGGGCUGCCUGAAGUUCAAAUAAAAGAAAAAUACUGGCCCCCUCAGCUGUCCCAUAUUGGUCACGUGACCUUCGCCUUAGAUGUUGUUAGAGAUUGAUUCUCCAGUGAAGCUAGAGGUGAUUUGAUUAUGCAAGCAGUUUCCACUGGUUGCCCGGUAACGUCAUAGCAACGACUAGACUCCAGGAAGUCACUGCUCCUCGCCAAGAAAGAGUUCCAGAACAUAACACCCCCCAAAACACUAAUUUGGGGUAAUUUUUACCAUUUCUGUUUGUGAACAUAUGCAAGAAACAAGAUGCAAUUCAUUAGCUGAUAGACAGAGCCAGGCUAGCUGUUUCCCCUCAUUUCCAGUCUUUAUGCUAAGCUAAGCUAAUCUGUUGACCAAAGCUUCCAUUUACUGUACAGACAUGAGAGCGGUAUCAAUCUUCAAAUCUAUCCUCAUCUCGGGGAAUACAUUUCCCAAGCACAUUUCCCAAAAAGUCAAACUAUUCCUUUAACUAACUGAAUGAUUGUAAACGCACAGACCAGAAAGUAAAAAGUACCCACGGCCUCGGCCACAAGUUGCUGUAAUCAGUAGAUGCUGUUCUUCCCAGGGCGCGCACGAGACAGAGGCGGGGAAUGGCAGGAGAGAGCUCGACACCUUUUUACGCAGGGACACACUCUAGGUCGCACGACAUUGAAAAUCAAAGACACCAGAUCUCCUUAGCUCGAGGUCGACGCUUUACCACAACCCUGGGUCACUCCAAAGUUACCAUCCUGGUAUAUGUGCCUCAGAUUCAUCAGGGUUCCAAGGUGCCUUAACCUGUGUCUUUAAUCUCUGCUCCUUCGUUUGAAGUGCUCACACGUGUAUUUUUUCAUCACUUCAUCGACUUCAUUCAUUCUAGCAGCAGGCAUGAUUAUUAGACGGAGAGGCAGAGCAUUUGGACACAGCAUUCAACCACCCACAGGUGUCUGGUUGAGAGCCAGGUGCGCUUCCGCCUUCUGUUUUACUUUACCUCAUCUACCGUUUUAUUGGUCAGUGUGGCCCUUGGAAUGAACCUAUUGGUCUAACAGAACAUUCAAAAACCCCAGGGGGGAGUGCCGAGCUCUUGACAAGUACCGAGCCUGUUCCACGAAACAAAAUAAAUGGAUCCAGAUACACAAAGAAUUCCAUUUGUAAUGCCUACAUAUGAAUAAUAUGCAGUUUUAAACCUUCCUAGUUAAGCCUGCCUCUCUGCUGCUCUCUUUUCCCCGUACUCUAACUGUGAGGGGGUGUACUGUCCACUCGCUGCUACUGUGUAAGGGUUCUACAUAACCCGCUGUGACAUUUCAACAAGCCUGGCUCAAACGGCAAGACGAAAUCCUCCUCGAUACUCAGUGAUGCGUGCAGUAGAUGGCGUCCAUUUAAAUCAAGCCUGCGUCACUCAAACAGAACAUUAACAUAGUCUAACUAAAGGGAUCUCAACUGCUGUUUGACCCAAGCCUGCAUAUGUAUUAAGAUAUGUAACAAUGAACAUAGACUUGUUGAUAGGCAAUCCUCAGUCACUUUUGCAGAUGUAAGAAAAAAAAACAAGGAAAAAUGG